GUUCAAUCCGUCAGGUAGCAACCGACCAGUCGCCCUCCGCCUGUACGAACACGACCGCCGCCAUGUCGUCUAUGCGAAAUGCCGUCCAGCGGCGCCCUCACCGAGAACGAGCUCAGCCGCUGGAGCGCCGCCGGCUUGGUCUCCUCGAAAAGCACAAGGAUUACACCCUCCGAGCCAAGGACUUCAACAAGAAAAAGGCCCAGCUAAAGGCCCUCCGCGAGAAGGCCUCCGAGCGCAACGAGGAUGAGUUCUACUUCGGCAUGCUGUCCCGCAAGGGACCCGGGUCCCGUAUCAUGGAUGGCCGAAGAUGGACUGGAACCGUCGAGGGCGACCGUGGGAACAAGGCAAUGGAUAUCGAUACUGUCCGGCUGCUCAAGACGCAAGAUAUCGGCUACGCUCGAACCAUGAAGCAGGUUGUUGCGAAGGAGGUCGCCAGGCUAGAGGAACAGAUUGUCUUGACCCGAGGAUUCGACAAGCUCGACGAGGAAGACCAACAAGAGGACGACUCCGACGACGAGUUCGACUUUUCAAUGCCCUCAAAACCAAAGGCACCGAGGAAGAUUGUGUUUAUGGACGACGAAGAUGAGAGGGAGGAGGUAAUACAGGACCAGAUGGAGCAAGACGAAGACGCAGACGAGAAACCCGAGAACAAGGAGGGAGACGACGCAGAACUCGAGCGCGCCAAGGCCCUCCGGCGGCUACGUCGCCAACUCGAGCUUGCGCAAAAAAAGCUCAAGGCCCUGAGCGACGUCGAGUCGGCCCUCGAGGUCCAGCGCGCAAAGAUGGCCAAGACGGCAACCUCGGGCGGCCAAACUCGCAAAGGGAAGAAGAUUAUGGUGCGGACACGAAAGCGGUAGAAUGGGGAUAUCAUG